AUGUCUCUAGUCUUCGGAACUUGUGCUAAAUCAGGAAAUGAAAAUAUUAAUGCACGUUUCUCCAAGACAUAUGAACAAAUUGAAUUGUUACUGUCUCAAGCAAAACCUCAACCAAUAUCAUUAUGUGCAAAGGCUGCUGCUAUCGAAGCUUAUGAUCAUUUAAGAUGUCAUCAUUAUAUCCCUGAAGCAGAACAGUUAGUUAAUUUAUUAGCCAGACCACAUAUUAAAUCGUUAUUACUUUGUCAUGAUGGAAUAGCGAAUAAAGCUUAUGGACCAGUUCUACCACAGAUAUCAUCAGAAGUAGAUGAAGAUGAUAUAAGCGUGAAGAUUGUAAAUUUAAUCAAGAAUCAUGAACCACUUGGAGUUACAAUUAAAAUUAAUGAAAGAAAUGGAGCUGUUCUAGUUGCACGUGUUAUGCACGGCGGAGCUGCUGAUCGUACAGAUGCUAUUGAUGUCGGGGAUGAAAUCCAGGAGAUUAAUGGUAUUACCGUACAUGGGCGAGACCCUAUGGAAGUAAUACGAAUGUUGACAACGAUAUCUGGCGAUGUGAAAUUGAAACUGAUUCCAUCUGUUACAAAAAAACAACAAGCAGAAAAAAAUCAAGUACAUGUUCGAGCUUUAUUCUCAUACAGUCCAAGCUCAGAUUCACUAACUCCAUGUCCAGAAGCUGGUUUAGCGUUUUUAAAAGGUGAAAUUCUGCGUAUAGUCAAUUCAGAAGAUUCGAAUUGGUGGCAAGCUGUAAAAGUUGAAUUUCCACUUAGUGGGAUUGUUCCAUUUGUACUGGGUAAUAAUUUAACGCAACCAAGUUUAGGUAGAGCUGGUCUAAUACCAAGUAAAAUGAUGCGAGAAUGGAAAAUGCAGUAUCACUUUAAUUCAUUGCAUACAAACGGCGGACAAGAUACACAAAUUCAUGUAUACACGGAUGAAAGUAUACCUACCAAUGUGAUGGCUUUGGUCGACUUCAGCAGUAAUUAUAUUUCAGAUGGGUUAGCUAAAAUUUAUGAAUUUCGUUGUCAUGCCCCGGAAAACUUGAAAUCUCGCGAACUGACUGAAUUAACAGUUGAUGAUAUAUGUAAAGAAGAAUUAAGUCAAUCAGUGAUACCAUCGGAAGAUUUAUCAUCAAAUUAUAAUAUCGGUGUAUUCGAUCAGUAUCAACCAACUGGACAAGACAAUAAUAAUCAACAACGAAAUGGCGAUUUCGGUGAAAUAUCAGGUCGUCAUGAUUUGAAACCAGUCAAUGCAGAUGGUAAUGAACAACAAUUGGCCACUGCGGGUAGUAGUGGUAUUUCCACUGAAAUGAUCAUUGUAAUUUGUGUUGUCAUAGCAUGUAUUAUUGUUAUCAUUAUAAGUUUAAUUGUUUAUUCGUCACGUAAACGUGCACAACGUAGAAAACAACAAGAGAGAAAUCUUGGUGUUUCACAUAAAACAAAUUCAUAUUGUGCUGUCAUUGAACAUAAUCCAUCAAGUCGUACACCAAGUGAAAAACAAGCCACUUCUCAGUCACCAUAUAAUAAUUAUUCUAGAGGUAUUUCACAGCCAGAGAAGGAACCUUUAGCUCAUGGUUAUGGUAAUUAUCGAGAUGGACGCUUGUAAAGGAAUGAAAAACAAACUAUUAGUAGUGAAGAUGGUGCUGAGAAUAGUGAUCCUUCCUCGUUUAUCUUGUUUUCACCAAAACUUUUUCCAAUUAUUUCACAAAAUAAAAAUUAUCCCCACCUUACACAUAUUAUAUUUUUUCACUAAUUAACAAGUAUACUCAUGUUUAAUUUAUGCUGAAUGAAAACUGAUUGUUUACGCUUCUCUUCUUUGAAAAAUCGCAAGAAUAACGAAAAAUUAAAUUUUUUAAAAAUUCUAUUGACAUUUUCAUUCCACACUUCUCAUUUUAUUCAAUGUUCCAAUUGAUUUAGUUGAUUUCUGACUAAAACAACAGAAAAUGCCAAUAGCAAUACCAUGCAACUCAAUUAGAUACAUAUGUUCAGAUAGACUUAAACACUGGUAAAGAUCAAUUGGCUGAAAAACUGAUAAGAUAAUUUACAUUAUUGAACUGUAUGUUAUAUCUAUUCAAUUAUUUUAUUGAAUAUUGAUUGAAAUAAGAUUUGGUUGUAAUGUUAAUUGAAAUUCGACCUAUUUUAUUACAUUUUAGUCGUACUUUACACGAAUAAUUAUUCUGUAAAAUAUAGCAUCUCUCUCUCUCUCUCUCUCUCUCUCUCUCU